CUUUCCGCUCUUGCUUCUUGAUCCUCAUCCUCGGUAGCAUACAGCAUGGUAGCUCAGCCUGCAAUCUCAAGCCGGGCGAGAAAGCCUCAUGGAAAGCACCACGAAAGACAGCAGAGUCAGAAGGGCCCUCGUCCGGGCCCGUCAGCUCCGGCCAAAGGCUCGAAAGCUCCUUCUGCCAAGGCACCGGGCCACCAGGAGGUCGAUGGCGAGCAAGAGCCGACAGCUCCCACCGCUGAAGCAGAGGCCGAUGUGCCCAUCUUCCAGCGCACUUCCCUCUCCCUCGCCUCCAACCCCUUGCCACCGCUCUCCUCUCUCGGUUCCACCCUUCCCAAGUUCACCAACUUACACCGCCUCGACAUGAGCGAUAUGCAGCCGAGCCAGUCCGCCAAAGAUGACGACAGUGAUGAUGAGGGAGAAGGCUCCUCUGGUCGGCUCAGCUCGCUGAGCUUCUUGCAAGAGGCACAGAGGGAGGCAGAAAAAGAUAUCAGGCGCGCGAAGAAGGCUGCCAAGAAGGGCAAGGGCAAGAACAUCGAAGAGGAGGACGAGGAUCGCAAGACGCUCGCCCAGAGUCUGACCUGGCUCAAUCUCUCCAGCAAUCCGACUCUGGGCGAAGCACAGGAGAGCUUCCUCUCUCACAGCUCCUCAUUUUCCUCCGCAUCAUCUUCGUCCAAUCCCCUCCAACCACUAAGCGCUCUCACCUCGCUCCGAGUCCUCAACAUCUCCUCGUCCUCCCUCCUCUCACCUCCUCCGCGGGCAGCUCUCCUCCCUCUCGCGGAGUCUCUCUGCGCUCUCGUGCUCAGCCAUAAUCGGAUCAAGUCCCGUCACCUAGAGGAAGCCUUGCCGAGUCUGCCUAAUCUGAACACGCUGGUGCUCAGCCAUAACCGGUUGACGGUGCUGCCGAAGGCUUUACCGGGGCUGCUGCCCAAGUUGACCAAGUUGAGUGUGAGCCACAAUGAUUUGGGUGGGGAGGAGGAAGCGAAGCAGGUGGAGGCGGAUAGUGAUGACGAGGACGAAGAGAUGGCGGAGGGAAGUGCCACAGAACCGCUACCGGACUUCACAAUGUGCACCAGUCUGCGAGAAGUCAGGCUCUCCCACAACCUGAGGUUGCGCACACUGCCUCCGCAUGUGGCUACGUGGGGGCGAGGAGUAGUUGCAGAAGUGCCAACCGCAGCAGCCGAUGAGGACGAGGCUUCAAGUGCACCAAGAUCGAAGAGCGGGCGCGGUCUCGAGCUCCUCGACGUAGGGCACUGUGGCCUUUCCUGGUCUACCGUACAAUCUUCGCUGCUCGGCGUAGCCUCCUCAGCCAGCGGGCUCAAGAACCUGACUCUGGCAGGCAAUGCGGACGUCGAAGACGAGGAAGACUAUAAGGUCUCCGUGCGCCAAGCUUUGCGCGCACUAGUGGUUUUAGAUGGGGCGAGGGUGGUGGAGAGGGGGAAGAAGAAGAAGGAUGAGGAGGGGGACAAAAGGGCUGAGAGGCGCAUGAUGGCGUUGGACGCAGAGGACAGCGGCGAUGAGGCUGUCGAGGGGGCUGCGACAUCAAACGACGUUGGGGGGAAGAAGCGCAAGAGAGGCUCUCGUGGGGGGGCCGCAGCCAAAAAUAAUGGUGGCACGGCCGACGCCGAGCAGGGCACAAUGGCUGAGGUUGCUUCGGACGACGAGGACGCUAGCGCAGGCAAAGGCAAGACGAAGAAGAGCAAGAAGGACGGCAAAUCGCAGUCCGACGAUUCGACGGCAGCUUCUGUCCCACCAGUGCCAUCAGCACCUUCAAGUGGGAAACGUGCGAAACGUGGCGGCAAGGAGAAGAAGGCGAAGAGAGAGGAGGGAGACGUCAAGGAUGAUGAAGAUUGGCUGGCGCACACGCGAGCCAAGGCUGUCGCGGCGGCUGCGGUUGCUGAUGGUGAGGAGGAGAAUGCGGAGGGAAGGGCGAGCGGUGGGGAGAAGAACAAAUCGAAGAAGGACGGCAAGAAGGGGAAGGGGAAGGGGAAGGAUGAUGAGAAGAAGAAAAAGAAGCAGAAGGAUAAGGAUGCAGCCCCUCGCAAAGCGUGGGACGAGGUCACUCCCGCCACGACCGCGGCCGCAGCCUCUGAACAGCCAGCUCAGCCGACAGGCAAGGGCACCGCAGUUGCGGGCAUCGUCGAGGUCAAGCGUAAGCGCGAGCGUGAGCAGCAGCAGCAGCAGCAGCAACACCUGCAGAUGCAGAAGCAGCCCGGCUCGACUGUGGGCAGCGGAAUGGGCGGCGGAUGGGGCGCUGCGGACGGCGAGGGUGAUACUUGGGGUACAGGCCAGUCGGCCUGGGAUUGAGCGAUGCAAUGCUAUCCUUUGCAAACAAC